GGUAAAAAUAUAUUCAAAGCAAAAAAUAACAAUAAAAUAAUAUUUUUUGUGGAUCUUGUCAGAGAGAUGUCAGGUUAUCAUUCUUUAAACUUUUACAUAAUUUUCAUUUAACCUGUGAUUAUUAUUAUAUAUAAAUUUUUUUGGAAAAUAGUUUUUUAAAAAUUAUCAGCUGAUUUGUGUAAACAAUUAAAUAUCAUGGGAAUUAUCAAAUUUGCUGUAAAAUCAAGUGUUGCUGGAGGAAUAGUUUAUUGGACUAUCCAAGAAGGUUUAUGGGGACAUUCUGAUGAAAGUAUAAAUUUUUACAACAGAAUUUAUUCCACAGUCUCGCCUUAUGUCAAAAAAAAUAUUCCCAAGGAAGUAGUUAACGAGCUUCCAGAGUUACCAAGUGUCAACUCGAUGGCAAACUGGACGGGUUGUAUGUGGAAUAAAGGUGUAAAAACAAGCAUAAGAUUUAUCGCCGACUUACCAGAUCAUAUUUCCAAUGGCAUUGAAUCAAUAAAAUCAAUGCCUGCAUUACAAGCUCCAGCUGACAGCUCAAGUGCCGAGAAAUCAAGCGCUACUGUUAAGAAGGAAGAGAAAAAAUAAAUUUAUUAAAUACACCCAUAGUAUUUAUUGUAAAUAAAUAUACUCGAUUACAAUUAA